GUACAAGAGACUUGGUGUAUUCACUUUGCCACGCUCAUUGACAAACAGCGCUGAGCUCUGACACUAUAUAGUCCUUGCUCUCACACACCAAGUUACCCUGAACAAUAUUUCUAGACAGCAGCGCGAUAUCCUCUACGACUCCUGUACUCUGAAUCUCGGACACCCAGAACAUCUUGGAAUGAAUUCUCCAAACCUUGCCACUUUACCCGGCGAUCUUUUACUAGAGGUGACAUCAUGCCUAUCCUCUAGAAUAGAUAUUCUCAACCUGGCACUCUCGAGCCAACACCUCUUCGCUAGCACGUGCCCCGUACUAUACGCCCAUGUACACCUCGGGACCGCAGAACAAUGCCAGAGGACACUGUCGAUGCUCCAUUCUCGCCCAAACAUCGCACGUCAUGUCCAGAAACUCUACAUCCGAUUUUCUUCCGGCUCCUCCGACUACAUGACCGACCUCAAUGGAAUUGCGAUCUCAGGGCUACUGAGGGAACUUGCGCCGAAACUGGAUGCACUCCAUACGUUCAUCUGGGACGCGAAUGAGAUACCGCAAUGUGACGAUAUGUGGUUCGCCCUACGAGUGUCGUGCCCACGACUGCGCACACUUGGCACAUGUUACGGAUCUGUGAUACCCAGCCAACACAGUCAUUUACUGGAAUUCAAGAACCUCCGUGGAUUCUCGUUGAGUCUGAAAUAUGGAUAUUAUGUUCAUCAUGCAGAUGACUUUCAAGAUGCUCUUCCUUUCGACGGUCGCCUUUGGGAUAUGCUGAUCCGACGUUGCCCGAACCUCGAGGAACUCCAUGUUUUAGGAGGGCCGUUGAUAUUGGACGGAACAGUGCAUCCGCUCUGUCACGCACGUUGGCCUCUCCUACAUUCUCUAUCUCUAGGGGAUAUCGUAUUGGAUUGGUCUUCGGGACCAGGACCGAUGGCCGCCAAGCGUCCCUUCAUAGCUUUUUUAGAGGCCCAUCAACAUCUGCGAUCUUUUCGUACAUCCCGCACUGCAUUGAGUCCUCAUGUUCUCCCCUCACUUGAUCCAUCCGCAUUACCAAACCUUACCCAUUUUGCUGGUUCGUUGGAGCACCUUCAAGGCAUGGCCCCUUCCCAUCCCCAAAUCACACACUUAGCAAUCGAGGAGCCGCUAAUCAUCCGUGACCUUGCACCUCUCUUGGUUGUGGGGGUGCUGCAGAGCCUGCACUGUCUUACUGAACUCCGCAUUGCCUUCGUUUUCCAUUCUUCAUACGAAAGUGGAAGCUUGGUCAGAAACCUUGUAGGUGCUUGCCCUGGACUGACCACGUUGGAGAUAACGUGUGCGAGAAGGUCAUCCUUAAAAGUGGACACACUAGCCAAAUCCGUCAGCGCCCUUCCACGGCUGCGACACCUGCGGUUGACGCUGGUUCCGCCAGCCACAGGGGAGUCAUUGCGUGUUUGCGCAUCCCAAAUCGCACACAUGAUUCCACGCUUACACACAUUUGCACUGACAUUCAUUCCCGCCUCGCUGCCCCUAUCUCUUACCCCCGCUAAUUUUGGCUUAUACGAUGAGAGCGGGAAAUACGUUAUUCGUACCGACGAGCACGGGCUCCCUCAUUCCCUGAGCUGCACCGAGCGAAGACCAGCGCUACGCCUGCCCUUCGCGCUUCCAAGCAUUCCCAUCCCACUCGCAGUACCGCUACUGUCCUUCGGCCCUUUCGCCUCCUCCUCCCGACCAAGGGAGAGGAAAAUGAAAACCCAUCAUUUCUUGAUGGAUCUCCGUACAGGCACUCCCAGGCGUGGCGGUUUGAAUCUUAUUUUAGAGUGCAGCACGGCAGGGGACGAGGCGAGGGUACUUACUGUUCUCGUAGGGCUGAGCGGGCUUGCGCUAUGGGGUUUCUUUGCAUAGAUAUGAUUCAAUAGGGUGGUUCUCAAAGUGUUGUAUUCGUUUCGAACUCGGAUCAAAUGUAUGUUAUAUAUAAUAUAUGACGGCUCGGUCAAAUCCCCA